CCUUGUACUCGUGGUUGUUUUUGGAGAACAAUUUUGAACUGACAGUUCAAAUCUUUAAUCUAAUAUGUGUCUUUAAUAACCUGACCUACUCUACUUAACUGACUUUACCGUUGAAUGUUGUCAGUUCAAGCAGCAGCAGUAGAUUUAGUUUUGUACGAUUAAGCAAAGUUGAAAAUAACAAUAUGGCAAUAACUUUAUACCAUUUUCCAAAAAGUGCACCCUCAAGAGGAGCUCUUCUAUCUGCCAGAGCUGUCGGAGUGGACUUAGAUGUACAAAUUGUCGAUUUAUUCAAGAAAGAACAACUUAAGGAGGACUUUAUUAAGAUCAACCCUCAGCACUGUGUUCCAACACUUGUGGAUGGUGACCUCACCAUUUGGGAUAGCCAUGCAAUCUCUUGCUACUUAGCCACUGCGUAUGGUAAAGAUGAUAGCUUAUACCCAAAAAACCCAAGAAAGAGAGCACUAAUUAAUCAGAGGCUAUAUUUUGAUUGUGGAACUCUUUAUCCUAGGAUUCGAGCAAUAUGUUAUCCAAUACUCUACUUGGGAGAAGAUCAAAUUCUCGACGAACAAAAAGGUCCUUUAGAAGAAGCAUUGGGAUUUCUGGAUGUAUUUCUAGAAGGAAAUGAGUUUGUAUGUGGUGAUAAACUGACAAUAGCUGAUUGUUCUUUGGUUGCCUCUGUUUCUAGUAUUGUAGCUGUCGGAUGGGAUAUCAGUCCGUAUUCUAAUGUCGCCACAUGGGCUGCCAGAUGUGCUCUAUCCAUUCCCAAAUAUGAAGAAGCUAACCAGAAAGGUGCUGAUGAAUUUGGAAAGGCAGUUAAAAGUAAAAUGGCCCCUGGUCAACUCUAAGAUAUAAAUUAUAUUUAAUACAUCAAAUAAAAGUUUUUAUAUUUUGUUAUGAA